AUGGAGGACAUAAGCAAGGAUUUCAUUGACUAUUAUGUUGAGUUACUGGGAACUAAAAAUGUGUUAAGGAAGCAUGCUAGUAGCAGCCUGAUCAGAACUGAUCCUAUCUUAACUGAAGAACAAAGAAGAAUGAUGGAUAGGCCAUAUACUGAUAAAGAUGUGAAAAUGGCACUAUGGGCAUUAGAUGGAAAUAAGGCCCUAGGACCUGAUGGAUAUGGUAGGAAAUUUUUCAAAGAUUGCUGGGAUAUAGUGGGGGAUUUCAGACCUAUAUCAUGUUGCAAUACUACUUGUAAGGUGAUAUCAAAUAUGCUAUGCUUCAGAUUAAAAGAGGUGUUGCCAGACAUAAUUGCAGACAACCAAAGUGCAUUUGUAACUGGGAGAACAAUUGUUCAAAAUGUUCUAAUAUGUCGGGACCUCGUAAGGCUGUACAGUAGGAAAAAUACCACUAGCAGUUGUUUGAUCAAAAUUGACCUUAGAAAGGCAUAUGACUCUGUUGAAUGGGGAUUUGUGGAGGAAAUGCUAUAUGGAUUGAAUUUCCCCUGCAAGUAUAUAAAAUGGAUCAUGAAGUGCAUAUCCACACCACAAUACAGAAUAUCCUUGAAUGGGGGAUUGCAUGAUGACAUGCUCAUUUUCAGUAAAGGUGAAUUCACAUCUGUAAUGCUAAUGUUGCGAUGA